AUGAUAACAGCAGUAACAGCAGCACUAAAGGCAGAAAGCAACAAACAGCAGCUGCAGCAGCAGCAGCAGCAGCAAACGCAAAAACAGCAGAAGCAGCGGCAAAAACAGCAGCACAAGCAGCAGCAGCAGCAGCACAAGCAGCAGCAGCAGCAGCAGCAGCAGCAGCAGCAGCAGCAGCAAGGUGCUUGCCUCCUUUUGGAGAAUCUCCGACUGCGACAAGACGCAAGAAACAGCAGCAAGAGUUUCGGAGUCCAGCAGCAAAAUUGCAGCAGCAGCAGCAGCAGCAGCAGCAGCAGCGAGUGGCAGCGGCAAAGAGGCCGCGCGGAGAGAGGGGGGAUUGAGAGGAGCGGCCAAUCGCCAGAGAAGACACCUCUACAGGCUGCUGCUGCUGCUGCUGCUGCUGCUGCUGCAGUUGCUGCUGCAGUUGCUGCUGCUGCUGCAGCUGCUGCUGCUGCUGCUGCAUGCAGCGCAGCAGCGAGUUGCGGUGGAGUCUGCUGCUGGGCGGCGGUGGGCUUUUGUCGGGAAGAGCAGCAGCAAAGGCCCGACGCGCUGCUGCGCAAAGUCGCGCUGCAGCAGCAGCUGGGAGUUGAAGUUCAGGAAGAGGGAAAGGCAGCAGCAGGGAGGGAAAGCAAUUGA